UUGACUCCGGCCACCCACCCAACCACCGGCCUUUUCUGCCUCCUCUGGCGCCACCGUCUUCCGCUGUUGCAACUGGCCCUUCCUCGACACUCUUUUCAGUUUACUUCCCUUCUUUCUGUUUCGUUGGAUCUUAUUGCAUUUCUGGAUCGACACACAGAAUCAUCAGAACAAGUUUCAUUCCCAGGUUGUGUGCGGAUGAUUAUUAAUUCUCCCUCUUCAAUCAAAAUUAGAAAACUGCGAACUUUUUGAAUCCAUUCUCAGUCAUUUCUUGCUCCACCCAGAUUUAGUUCAUCCCCUUUCAGACCCGUCCACGUUGCAGAACCCACAUAUACACCUUCCUCAUUUGAUCAUAUAAUCUUUGAACUUUAUAUUAUGGAGUGAGAUAUUGUAAGAAUCCAUUGAUAUUUAAUUACACAGAUAUUAUUGAAUUCAUUCAGAUUCAGAUUUCUCUGCAGAUACAUAUAUUCAUAAAAGUCAUCAUCAUCAGUCAUGAUUACCAUAUUUUGGUGGUUUUUGCUAAAACAUGCAUGAUCUCGCCGUGGUUUUUGUUUUUGUCAGUUUAUUAGAUUCUCUCUAGUACAUAUUUCAGCCACGUUGCUGAGAGAGCUUAUAGAUUACCCUUUGAAAUCUGAAACGCUCACAAGUCUCACACUUCUCUUAACACCUUCAUUUCCAUAUCCAUAUAUCACCGACCUUACGUUUCUGUGUAUAUAUAUCCAAAUCCAAUCACAAGAAGACUCAUAUAUUCACAGUUCAUAAACAAACCCCAUAAGGUAUACAGUUAGAGAUCGAGAGAUGAAUGGUCAAGAAGGUCGUGGUGGAGACGUGAAUGACCAGCCUCAGCUUCAGCAGCCACCGCAGCCGCAGCCGCAGCCGCAGCCUCCGCCGCCACAGAGAUGCCCUCGCUGUGACUCUGUGAACACCAAGUUCUGUUACUACAACAAUUAUAGCCUCUCGCAGCCUCGUUACUUCUGCAAAACGUGUAAAAGGUACUGGACUCAUGGUGGAUCCUUGCGAAACAUACCCAUCGGAGGUGGUUGCAGGAAGGGAAAGCGGAACAAAGGUUCUUCGUCGUCAUCGUCGUCGUCGUCAGCCACCUUACAGCUGGGCCGGUCACAGCUGCAACCUCGGCUGCAAGAGAUGGUCUCUAUGCAACCCAAUCCGACAACGUUGUCUUCGCGCGUUCUCCUCGGUCGUUCUUCUUCGGCAGCGGUGGCGGUUCCUUCAAUGAAUCCCUACUAUCAAGGCGGUGGGUAUCUAUCAUCUCUGGCCGCGAUUCAUUCUCAAAACCCAUUACCUCAACCAUUAUUCAGUCCGUCGUCUCUGAAUCUUGCUCCUGCUAAUCUGGGUUUUCUUCCUCCCGGGUUCAAUGCUUCGUCGUCUCUGGCCUCGCCGGUAUUCCAAUCGGCAAACAGAAGCACGGAGGUAGAAUCUCUGUAUGCAUCUGAUCAUGAUCAUUAUCAUCAUCAAGGACUGGUUCAAAAGAGUGUGAUAGGUAACAAUAGCAGUUAUGCUUCUCUUCAUGAGUGGUCUCAGAACUCUUUGUGGAGUACUGUGAGCACAACUUCCAUUGGAGACAAUUCUGCGAUUGCUCGCAAUAAUCAUAAUGAUGAUGAUGAUAAUAGUAAUCAUAAUAACGCUCAUGCUGGAUCGUCUUCUCUGAGUGCAAAUCAAUGGCCUGACCUACCAGGCCAUGGCCCUCCUCCGUGAUCUUCAUCAUCGUUUUCAGACGUUACAAAACACUCGCGAGCUGAAAAUUCCAGAGAUUAAAGGCAUGAAUCAUCAGAGCAGUUAAUUCAUACCCUCAUCUAUAUGUUUAAUUUCAUUUUCUUGUGAGCGUAAAUUGAGUAUAGAGGAUCAUACAGGGGGAAAAAAGAAAUAUAUAUAUACAUAUAUAUAUAUAUAGUGAGCAGUUUGGUUUUGUAAACAUAUAUAAUAAGAGGGUAAAAAAGUUUGUC